GCUUUUUUGUGUCUGUCUGCUUUAAUAAAUAAAUAAAGAAAGAAGCAAAUAAAAGAGCAGCCAGGCACAUUUCCCUCCCUCUCUCACACAAUCUUCUUGAUCUUUUAUUAAUCAAUCCCGAACCCAGAAAAAAAUGGGGAUGAAGAAGGUUGCCUGCGUCGCUAUUGUCUACGCUGCCGCCUCAUUGAGCGCAGUCUUGGCCGCGGAGGAGGCUGUCGGCGCCGCCGCCCCAUCGCCUCUCGCCGCUGGAGCAGGAUUGGAAGGCGCAGCCUUUGCUGGUGGGCCCGCCGCUGGGCCGGCAGCCGGUGCUGGACCCACUGCUGAAGCACCUCAUAGCGCUGCCGCCGCCGCCACCUUGCCCUUCAUGGCUAUUUCCCUCGUGUCCACCUUCGUUGCCUAUAUGUUGCAGUAAAUUCAAUUUUAUUAUUAUUUUUCAUUUCAUGGAUCGUUAUGUAAUUUGGUCACAUUUCCAGAAUUCAUUUGUGAUGUGGAACUUGUAAGCGGCUUGCGCCAUAUCGAUCUUUAAUUUCUCAAUUUAAUAUAAUUUCCAGUUUUAAUUUGUUUUUCCAGUAUUCUGCACAACUUAUCAUUUGAUUAUACGAAUGGAAAUGAGAAUACCAAAAAAUAAAGGAUUAAUAGGCAUACAAGCCCCUCAACUAUGAAAAGUUAACAAAUGAGCCCCUGUACUAUGCUUCUAACAAAAGAAGCCCUUGUAUUAUAGUUCAAUAACAAAUAAGCCCUUUUGUUAACAUUCUCCGUUAACUAACCCUAAUUUGCACUCGAAAUGUCUAAAAUGCCCCUCUAAUAUCAUAACAACAAAUUUUUUUUGCCCCUUUUAUAUAUAUAUAUAUAAUCAAACUCCAUAUACUAGAUCUAUACAUCAGCUCCUCCUAUCUUGUGUUCCACAAAAGCAGAAUAUAUUUCCUUCACAGCAUGAUCUCGAAUAGCACCUCUACCUUCCUUUAUGUCUGGAAACGUCAUACACAACUGGAAGAAUGGGGUUGCUGUGUUUGGGUUGUAUUGGGAUAGACAUUUUUUCUCCUAACGCCAUGGUCUGCAACCUCAUCUUCUGCAUCAGUUUCAUCAUAACUCCCAUAGGCCAUAGUCGUCAGAACUAAACCCAACUUCUUCAAUGCCAAUAGCUUGAGCAUUAUCACAGUAAUCAGCAUCUUCCCACUUGCCCAAGACCCAAUCUCGAAUAGUCACUAUCGUCCGAAUCAGAAUUUGCUUCAUCCCAUUCAACUGCUGGAUCUGGUGAAUCAUUAUUCACAACCCCAGUUAUCCCCAUCAAUAUAAGAAAGCAACUGUUCAAAAAAAAAAAAAAAGCACAAACGCAAUUCGCCUACAAAACCAAUUCAUCAUCAAUUACCUGAUAACGACAAUAUUAGGGUUCUUGGUUGACCUGUUAUUUGCCAGAACAAACUCCAAUCCAACCAAACAACAAACCUUAUAUUCCCGCAAAUGACAAUAGAGAAAGUGACUAACCCACAGUUUUGUUCCGAUGAUGUUGAAACUUGGUCGAACUCCAUCGAUUUUGCCAAUUUGUCGAUCUGGGCAAAGGCUGAAUGAAGAGCUUCAGCGAGCCUAUUUCCCAGCCAGAGUUUGGAAUCUUCAGCAGCCACACCGACGGAAUCAACGCCUGUCUGCCCGCCUCUUCUUUGCGUUAAUCUAACAUUACCCUUCAAUGCUUGGAAACUUAACCAGCUACGCCGUCUGGUUCAUAUCUGCAGAGGAAGGCAAGGGAUUAUUUGCUACCACUUGUACGGGCUGGGGGAGUGAUAAUUGGGUACAAAAAGUGGCUUUAUUAUUCAAUUCAAUCUCAUUUACGGGGUGUUUGACUAAAACUCAAAGGAUUGCUUUAUUAAACAUAUAUUAUAAACAGAACAGGGGUAUUUUGGACAUUUCGAGUGCAAAUUGGAGUUAGUUAACAGAGAAUCUUAACGGAAGGGCUUAUUUGUUAUUGAACUAUUGUACAAGGGCUUUUUUCAUUAGAAGCAUAGUACAGGGGCUCAUUUGUUACUUUUUCAUAGUUGAGGGGCAUGUAUGCCUAUUAAUCCAAAAAUCUACACAUAAUAUAAUACACCGAAGGGAAAAACGAGAGCCCCAUUUCAAAUUUCGUGCAACGAGAGUGAAAGUAGGAAGGACAUUUUGGUCUUCACAAUUACUUUUUUUUAUUCAUUAAAAAGGUGUGUACUGGGAUUCGAACCAUGACCAUUUUAAAGAAAGGCAAUGAUCAUAA